AUGGUGUUAACAAAGGAAGUGGACCUGCCAGAAUUCACGACAUUGACCGUGCCAGAGGUGGAUUUGUCUACCGCAACGUUAAUGUCGGCAGCUCCGUAUCUUGGCAAGUAUUGCGAAGCCAUCAAUAAUGAAUUUAUGCUAUGUAGAUUUGAGUCUAAUGAUCCGCGAGCUUGCGUAGAUCUUGGUAAAAAAGUUACAGCAUGCACAUUGCAAUUAUUUAGAAACAUAAAAAGCAAAUGCAAACAAGAGUUUGAACAGUAUUCACAUUGCGUCGAUAAGAGUUCUGGUGAUUUUUCAUUGGCAAAUUGCCGUAAAACCCAAGCAGUUUUCGACACGUGUAUGAAAGAAAAAUUGUGUAUGGAGAGACCCGAUUUUGGGUAUUUUUGUCGUGCGAGGGUCCAUAGCAGUCCUAGUGCUCCGCCGCCACCAGAGCCGUGCCCUUGUCAACCUAAAGUGCCAGAUGAAACACCGUCUUUGCCUGAUUGCAAGCCUCGUCCACCUGCCCGCUUCGGUGGACGAUACUUUUGGAUAACAGAAUAGUAUAUUUAUUGUUUACGUGUUACAACGGUAACAUUUAUUUAUCUUAAAAAUGUU